GUAGCUUCAGGUUAGUCUAUGUCUACUUUGCUAUGCUCCUUAUUUUUGUACUUCUCUUGUUUGCAUAAAAAACUACAUGAUGCGGGCACGGGCUCUACUCCGAGUGGUCUUUUUUCUGUUGGUGCGCGCGGAGAAUGGUAUUGCAGGUUCUUCGAUUGUGGCCGGCACUCCAGCUGGAACCAACGCUGACGACAGCAACGGAGCAACGCUACCCCAGUUUGUAAGUAGAUCAAAUUCCUGGACCGGAAGAGGUGGAGUUCUAGCUCGGGCAGUCUCGUCGAUCGCGACCGGGGCUCGCAUCAUUCGCUCCCUGUCUCCAUCGUUUCGAUCUGGAUCCUCGUCUAGAUCCUCGCCCAGGGUUGUCCCCCUGCCCACCGUAGAAGGUGCGCGGGAGCUGCUGCCUGCUGGGUCUCCCCUUCAUCUGCCGACCUCGACCUCGCGUCCCUUCGAUCCAAUCGUGCCGACUACACCUGGUGGCCCCCAACAUCGAGAUGAUGCGUCACGUUCGGAGGACAGCGGCCAUGUGCGGGGGAAGCAGCCCUCUGCUCAUCGAAGUAGCCGUGGUUUGGACCCGCUGAAAGCUUCUCCUGCCCCGGACGACCACCCGAAUCGUGGGCGGAGGAUCACGCAAGAAAUGAAGCGAGGGGUGCUCCUCUCACCCGCCCUACCGGCGGAGAGGACGACGACAAGUACCGCGGGCUCGUCCUCCUCUGCUGCACCAGGAGCACUAGACGAGAUGAAAGUGAUCCGGAACAACUUCGUUGGCGGGACCACAGCUUCGGUACUACACGCGCAAGACAAAGACCCCGCCGGCAGCUCGUCCUCGUCCGGGCUCAUCGCGACCCGGCAGCAGGUACUCGACCAGAUGGAGCAGGAAACGUGGCAAGCGGGGCAGGGCGAAGCCGGGUACAAGCGAUUCAUGCAGAAGCUCGAAGACCACCACCGGGCCAAGGACGGCAAUCUCGUCCACCGCUCUCGGUUGGAGGCGGACACUGAAACUGAUGUCGCACGACCCGCUGCCGUAGCGACCCUGCAACUAGACGCGCACGCGGCGAAAAAGCUGGACCGGCACCGUGGCCGCGGGCAGGGAGUGUCCGCCAGUCCGUUGACUGAAGUGCCCGUUGACGAAGAAACUACUACCCUGGAGCGCGUCGAAAAGGCGGAGGCAUUGCUGCGCUCCGUUUUGCCGCUCAAGCAAGAACCGCGAAAUGUAGCACCGCAUGAAGAUGUUGAACUGGAUCCGGUCACGGAACACCUUUCCGAGCUUCCGACUUUCCAGCAAGACCUGCUGGCGGCCCAGCUUUGCCUAGCCUUGUCAACAGAUGAGGUCGUCCAGCGGGAAGCGGCGGGCGAAAGAGCGGUGCUUCAGAACUCAACUCUCGUGCAUUCGAGCACCGCAGCUGUUGUAUUAUCUGCGGCACAGACACUGCGGGAUAUCGUCCACACGACUACUGCUCAACAAGACUGUCCGCCUCCGCCGGCUCAAGCUGCAAUUACUGUGGCAGAACAAGAAGAAGAUCAUUCCCAUCUGACGACAUCUUCGCGGGAUGAGGCACUACUACUACACCCUCAAGAAUUUUCUCCACAACUACCAUCCUCCCCCCAAAGGUGGAAGUUGAAGACGCAGGAGGAGCACCAACAUCAACCAGCGCCUUGGGAAGUUGGAGAAGAGGUCGCGUUACUGGCGAGACUUCUCGAUGAACAGUUGCGGCUUCUGCCGCCGGACCAGGACGAAACGUCCUAUGAACAGGCGCGACAAACGAAAUGGACGAACAGUGCAGGAGACGAUGUCUCGAGCGAGGUGUCGCUGACGGGCUCCUUAAAUUUUUCCAGGUUCUCGACGCCUUUGAUUUCCGAGGACCAGUGGUCUCGGCCACUGUCGAGCUGUCCCUCGGUUUUCAAUUCAAAUUCCACCGAAAACGUGCCGCGCGAUGAAGGGAGGCCCGGUGUUGACGAAGAACAAGUAGUGAAGGUACCAUCCUCAGUUGGGUGGGCGCUGCUGCGGAAAGUGUUGCAAACAAAAACUACUACCCUUCGACAAGCAGAGGAGUGCGAAGCAGCUUCCAUCAACGCGGACGCAAAUACUAGUGCAGCACCAGUAUGAUCGUGACGAACGGCGUCCAGCAGAAGAGCCAACAAGAGGCCCACUGCGAACGUUGUUGCAUCGUUUUGAAGAACAUCUUUUGACGUUGUACUACUUCCUAGAGCAUGAGUUCUAGCAGUGAAUGCACUUUGAAAUACCUUAUUUUUUUUGAUUUUUUAUAAUAAACAACUUCAAGUGUGUCCGCUAAAUGAUCUGUGACUAAUCAGCGCGACAUCGGGCUGCGAAAAAUGUACACGUAUUCUUAUACUUGCUGUAAAAUAAUUAGUUGAAAUGCUACCUGUAGCUAGAGCUACGUCGACCUGGCAACUGCGUCCUCUCCUUGUGAGGCCGCCCUGGUGCAGCUAACGUCAAUCGGCAUAGGAAGUUUCUGUCUCUAGUGGCGUUUUUAUUUUCGGCGCAGGUCGUUGACCUCCGUGUCCGUGAAAAACAAAAACCGCUGUAAUGUACGCUCAUCCAGCAGAAACCUAUAAACCUUUAUAUUAUUGUGAAUAUCGUCUUUAGAUGUUGUUCGCAGUGUCGGAGAGAUUUGAUUGAUACGAGAGACUCGGAGAGUACGAGGGGAAAUAAAAC